AUGGGCACGGGGAUUGCAAUGCCGCAGUGCAUGUGUAAGUGCCCAACUUUCUUCACCAAGGACAAGUUGAUGACGGAAUUCCAGGAUGAGCAGCUUUUCACUGGCCCGUUUUGGUCCUGUGAUCAGGCAAGCAGCUUCGCCGCGCAUCUGUCGCAGGCAAACGGGUUGGAGGAUCGUGCGACCAGGUCAACUGGAACUAGUGUCAGCUCAGACGCGGAUUUUGAUGCACGUCUCCGAGCCCAAGAGAAUGUCAACCAGGAAGUUGCCAAGGACAACGCGCACCUUGCCAAAGAGAUCGUCCUGGCACGGCAAAACAGAGAAGAGCUGAAAAAGCAGGUAAAGCAGGAGAACCAGCUGAUCUCCUUCCGGCGCACUGAACUGAAAGCUCUGGAGCAGCAGCUCACCAAGGGCGAGAAGUUUUUGCACAGAUCUCUGGACGCGAACGAUCCCACAAAGGAGCCGACGGCUCCUGCAAAAGACACGGAUACAACAUUGGAGCCCGAUGCAGGUCACGAAGAGGAUUUUCAGCUGCCUCUCCUGGGCGACAGUGGCGAUGCGCAUUCCGGCCUGGAUCAGUCCGGUGGCAACUCGUCCCUGAACAUGACCACUUCGCUGUCGAAGGCGAGCUGUGUUUUGCAUGCUGCUCAUGUGCAAAUUGGCUGGGGGCUGAAAGUGGUGAAAUCCAUGCAGCCGGCACAGGAGAAAAAGGCAAGUACUGAAGAGGAAGAGAGGAACGAGCUGGAUCAGACCGCCGCCCAAACCAGCAAGCUGCAGGAGGCCUUCGAUCACCUGAAGGCGGAAGCUUUGGCAGCCAAGCUGAAUGCUUUGGAGGGCGACCUGCACCAGGAAGGCCUCUUCUUUGCUGACCUGCAGAAGGCUACGGCCGCAGAAGUUACGGAAUCUUUGUCCUUCGAGGAGCAGAUUUCCAUGUCAUUCGCAGGUUGCGAUGGCUUCGACACCGGACGUCCCAGCUCUGUUGAAGGACGGAUUGAUGAAGACUGGUUGAGCCACUGUGCCUGUGCCAUGGGUGCAAAAGGCUCCGUAGAGGCCUUAACGGAGGCUGCCAAGGAUGCUGGCUUGGGCCCGUGCACUGCCUGGGUCCGUGCACUCUCGCCGCCGGAUCCCUUGCCCCAAGAAGGCGCCCCCUCGCCCAAUGGGACUUCUGUGCCGAGCUCUUCACCGAGUGGAAAGAGCCCAAAGGUUGAAAUCUGCCAGGGCUGCCAGGCCAAAGUCCAGGAGUAUGCGCAGGGUGCCAGGGCUGAGAUCCUUUGCCGCCUUUGCCUUCGCCGGGAGGACGAGGCGUUGCUCGCUCCAGCAGACCAGGAGCAAGGCGGCCUCGAUCGGCUAGCGACUGUCCUGGAUACAGUUUCAUGGAAAUAUUGGAAGCCUGGUGAGCAACCUGCGCAGAUUUUAGAUUGGAUGUUCCUCGGGGACUUGAAGGAGGCGACCGACUUCGAUCUUCUGCAACGCCAGAACAUCCGAGCGGUGUUGAACCUGAUCAACUGGUGGGAGCUGAGCUCACGGCUUCCCGAGGUCUCAGAUUUCACGUCGCUCUACUCCUCCCACGACGUCGAGUUUCUUGAGGUUGACUCGGAGGAUCGAUUAUUCUUCGAUAUUGUCGAAAAAUGUUGGCCGCAGUGUGAAGGUUUCCUUCGACGGUGCAAAGCUUCGGGUCAGCGAGUACUGGUCAACUGCAAAGCAGGUCACAAUCGAUCCGCAUGCAUGUGCGUAUGCUGGCUGAUGGUGCAUGAGGGUAUGACCCUUAUGGAUGCCGUCGAAGCUAUACAAUGUCGGCGAGGGACGAUUCUCUCUAAUCAUGGCUUUCGACUCCAGCUGGUUCGCCUGGCACUUCGCUACAAUCGUUUGGGCGACGUCGAGUUCGCGCAGAAGUGGACUGGACAGGUGGGGCGGAUGCCAAGGUCACUAGUCAAGCCGAGCAGCGGCACACGGCUCGACAGUAUCAUCCAUCAGAAGCGAAUGACGGUCCAGUACGACAUCAAACCGGAUCAGGAGAACACUGCAAGCUCCGUUCGAACAUCCUUGCAGACGAUGCGGCCUAGAAAGCUGUCCUUGAUUUCAGAGGAAGUGCACAAUGAACUCAAUCAGCGUGCCUUGAAAAUGGAGCUCCUAGCUUGCCUCUACCAUCGCGGCAAGAAGUUCCUGGAAGACUAUGAGUACACAUCCCAUCCGCCGACUGUUAUCGGCAGCGGCUUUAGCGGCGAUGUCUUCCUGUGCCGGAGAAAAGAACGAGCCGCUGUCCGGCAGAACAAAGAGACCUACGAGCGGUGCGUCAAGAUGUUCGACCUUUCGCGGAUGAGCCCGGAAAAGUUGGACAAGCUGAAGAAUGAAGCGGUGAUAUACCUUUCUCUUGAACAUCCCAACAUUGCACGGCUCUUUGAUGUCUACGAAGAUGAGGAGCAGGUCAGCUUGGUGAUGCAGUUCUGCUCUGGAGGCACCUUGGAGAAUGCCAUCCGAACCCAGGGAGCUUUCAGCGAGCCCCAGUUUCAAGAGAUUGCAGUGCCGAUGCUAAUGGCCAUCAACUACAUCCACCGCGCUGGGAUCGUGCACCGAGACAUAAAGCCACGUAAUUGGGUCUACGAGGCUGAUGGUAAGACGAUCAAGCUCAUCGACUUUGGCUUCAGCGUUAAGGGCUUCCUGGGAAAUGAAGGCUCCCUCCAGGGCUGUAUGGGAACGCUGGGCUACCUCGCCCCCGAAGUUGUUCUUGCGGGGCUGAGCAGCGACAAUGCCUACACUGACAAGUGCGACAUAUGGUCCUUGGGUGUCGUCUUCCUGGAGCUGCUGACGGGUGAACCUGCAUUCCACCGAGAUGCCGGGCAAUGCGAUGGGUACACGGAAGAAGUUGUGCUCAGAGAGAUCAAGGAAGUGACAGAGGAGUCUGUGGCAAAGAUCUUGGAUCCACUGCCCGGAGAUGUUGCGACCCUGCUGCGGCGAAUGCUUACACGGGAGCCCGUGACAAGGCCUUCGGCAGCCGAAUGCUUGGAAGAUCCAUACCUCGCCCAGGCGAGGGACAGGUUGAAAGACCCACCGCAGGCUAUGCCUGUGCGGACAAUUCUAGAUAGGUUUCACGCUCACUCCGUUGCCUCGCGCGCCGCCCGAGCCUGGUUGCUGGCAGUAGCCCGGUCACCGACAUAUCUGCCUUGGGAGGACUUCAUGGCCAUGAGGGACACGUUCAAGAUGUUCGAUGCCCACGGCCUGAGCGGAACAGUCAAGUUCGACCAGUUUCUCGAGGUCAUCGAGAGGAAGUCACAAGACUCUCCCACGAGAUCCUACUGGGCUAGCUCGUUAAAGCAGGUGAGCGGUGAAGAUGACCGGUUCAUGGUAUCAGCGGCGGCCUGCCAACAUGAUUCCAUUCGGAGAGUCUGGCGCGCGGUGUGCGGAGAGCAGGAUUCUCUGAGCUACUGCGAGUUUUUGGCAGUGCUCCUUCCUCCGAUCGAGGAUGUCUUCGAAGAUGCGGGGGAGAAAGUCCAGCCUGAAGACCUUUCUCCCUUGAACCCGAAGCAACAGUGGAUUCCCUCGAAGCCCAUCUCGGAGUACAUCGUGCGGCUGAAGAGAACCAGCACCAAUUUCUGGGCAACCCAGAUUUUCAACGAGCACACAAAGGUGAGAGAUGCCGUGCUGGAAAUGGCUCGCAAUCACAUGAGGUGGUGCCUGGUGAAGUACGAGGAUGGCUCACACAAGUUCUUCGAUUACUUCGACAUCAACCAUAAGUUGCUUGAGACCGCGCACACGGCAGACCAGGCUGCCAGGACCCUGGAGCUCCUUUGCGAGGCGAGCAUCGGGACUUUGGCCAACUGCUCGAGAAUUUGUGCAUUUGUGCCAGCUUCGGUUGACACACCAGCGCGCGAAGUGCUGAAGAUAAUGGCAGGCCGGAAGCUUCCAAGCCCAAGUAGCGCCGACAGCUCCAGACAGGGCAAAGCACGGCGAGUGCCUCUGAUGGAUGCAGAAGGCAACAUUGUUGGAGUAUUCUCUGCACCAGAUUUUCUCCACUUGGCUUUGCGCUACACGGCGCCUUCGGCCGUUCUCAAAUCCUUAUCCGCAAAGGUCUUCGAUCGUCGAAGCACCAUCCUGCAGGUGUCUGUUCAACAAGAUGAGCCUUUGCUGCACGCCUUGCAGAACAUGAAGGCGGCAGGCCUUUCCAUUUGCCCGACGACCUCACGAGAGCUGUCUGGAGAUCUGGGUGGGGUUGUGGCCAGCAACGUUGUUUCCGUUGCCGACUUGAAGUGGAUCAUUCGCUCCGGCAGGUUUGAUGCUCUGGGCAUGUCCGUUUGUGACUUCCUCUCGUGGCGUACGGAGGCGGAGGCCCAGAGCCUGGAUCAAAUCCUACGGCUGCAGCGGCUGCACCGUUUUAAUGUUGUCUCAGUUCAUGAAGGUGCAUCGCUUCACACCCUCGCCUUGCGGCUUCUCGCCUCGAAGCUUUCGCGGCUUUUUCUGGCCUCGGACGAGAUCGCCCGCAUCGUGGGCAUCGUGUCUUCCAGGGACAUCAUUCUGCAAGUUCUAGACCAGAUAGUGUAA